AAUAUUUUUUUGAAAUUCUUUAUCGUUUCAUAUUAAUCCCUUGAAGAUUUUUUAAACGCCUUAUAAUUUUAACACCUUCAAUUAUAACCUAUACCACUAUAGUGUGUAGGUUAUUAUGGGUUUGUGCUGAUGUUUGUAACACCCACCUUAAAGUAUACUCGAGUCGGACUAGAAUCUCUUUCUGAGUCUAUUAAGCUAUGUCCGUCUGUCUGACCGUCCGUCCAUCCGUCUGUAUUUCCAUGUAAACCUUGGCCGCACUCUACAGGUCGCAAUUUUCAAGAUAAUUUGAUGAAAUUUGGCACAAACGAAGUUAUAACAGUAUCUAAAGAAUACAAAAUGGAUUUUAAAGACACAAAAGUUUAUAAAAGCUACAAAAGUAUCUAAAAUACAAUAAUAUCUCAAUGCUUUUAAUAGUAUCUAAAACAUAUAAAAGUAUCAUUGAAUUGAAAAAAAGUAGUUUAAAGAUAAAAAUGAAUCUUAAGGAUACAUUAAGUAUGUUUAAGAUAUAAAAGUAUCUAAAGCUUACAAAAAUAUCUUUACCAAACGAAAUGUAUCUCACUGCUUCAAAUGGUAACUGAAAUAUGCAAAAGUAUCUUUGAAUUGCAAAAAGUAUCUUAGAAAUACACAGCUAUAUUAAGGAUACAAAAAGUAUCUUAAAGAUAUAAAAAUAUCUAAAACCUACAAAAGUAUCUUUAACACACAAAAAGUAUCUCACUGCUUAAAAUAGAAACUGAAGCAUGCAAAAGUAUCUUUGAAUUACAAAAAGUAUCUUAGAAAUACACAGCUAUCUUAAGGAUACUUAAAGUAUCUUAAAGAUGUUAAAAUAUCUAAAACCUACAAAAGUAACUUUAACACACAAAAUGUAUCUCACUGCUUCAAAUAGUAACUGUAACAUGCAAAAGUAUCUUUGAAUUGCAAAAAGUAUCCUAAAGAUACAAAAAGUAUUUUAAACAUACAAAAGUAUCUUUAAACCACAAAAAGUAUUGCACUGCUUCAAAUAGUAUCUGAAACUUAGAAAAGUAAGAUUGAAAUUCUAAAAAUUUCUCUUAAAGAUACAAAACUAACUUUAGGAUAACAAAAGUAUAAAAAACAUACUAAAGUAUCUUUAACAAAAAAUGUAUCUUCACGAACCUAUAUCUUCUUAAAGUAUCUAAAACUUACAAAAGUAUCUUUAAACCAGAAAAAGUAUCUCACUGCUUUAAAUAAUAAUUAAAAUACGCAAAAGUAUCUUUGAAAUGCAAAAAUUAAUCUUAAAGAUACAAAACUUUCAAAAAGAUACAAAAAGUAUCUAAAAAAACAUUACAACAAAUAUAAAAACAAAAGUAUCUUUUAACACACAACAAGUAUCUAAAACAUACAAAAGUAUUUUAAAGACACAAAAAGUAGCUAUAAACACACAAAAAGUAUCUAAGUAUCUUUAGAUAUUACAAAGUAUCCUUAAGAUGCUAAAGCAUCUUAAAGAUACUAAAAGUAUCUAAAGCAACAAAACUAUCUGAAAAUAACUAAAGAAAACAAAAAAGUGCUUUAUAAAAAAAUUAUUCUAAAUUUUAUUUUAGAUUUUGAGAAAAUUAAAAAAAAAAAAUCCAAUAAAAAACAAUAAAAAAUAAUAAAUAAAAAUCUACAAAUAACAGUGAAAACAAAAACAACAAAUAUUUUUAUAAUUACAUGAUCAAUAAAACUGUAAUUAUCAGUGUAACAAGCAGUUUUGGUGAAUAAAUCAUUUUUUUAAAAAAAGUGCAGUUUUACAUGCUAAAUUACAACAACAACAACAAAAGGAGAUACACACACUCUUCAUACUUAAUUUAACUUGAAAAAAAAAAAAAUUAAAAAAAACAAAGUGUUGGUCAACUAUUUAUUUGUUCUCAGUUGGUUAAUGUGUUCCCCAUGGAUUAAAUUUCACCUGAUUUUUUUAAAUCUGCUGUAGUACGUAAUUUUUUUUUUUACUCCAUUUUCGUUUGUCUCGUUCGUUCGUACGUAUCGCCACCUUUCGUCUAUAAUUAUACUCAAACGUGAUCACGAGCCUCACACCAAAAAAUAUUAAACUACAGCAGCAGCAAAAAACCACAACAACAACAACAGCAACAAGUUUGCCAAAGUAACAACAAUCACAUCACUUCCAUCUUAACAACAACGACAACAACAACAGCAAAAAAGCUGUGAACUUAAAAUUUCAGCCUAAAAAACCUUAAGGAAAAGAAAAACAAAAGCAAAAACAUUACAAAAAAACUUUUAUCUCCAACAACAACAACAAAAACCAAGAAGAAGAGCUUUAGCAAACAACAAACACACAUCAACAAGGAUUAGUUUUCGUAUCGUUUUUAAAAACGAGAAACCCUUCGUAUAAACUUAAGUCUGUUGCUUAUUAUUACUUUUAUGAACUUGAAAGGGAGCAUGAAUAUAAAAACAACAACUACAACAACAAGCGGAGUAACAAAAAAAAACAAUAACAUUGACGCCAUUGAGACCGAACGAUCAUCAUCGUUUGUUUAGUCUUUACUUCGUUGUUUGAAUGCAUGAGUUUGUUGGUUAAAUUUACCUUUAACAACAACAACAAGCACAACAGCUACAUACUACAAUAAUAAAUACAACAUCAUUAUCUUCGUCAUCAUCAUCAUCCUUUUUAUUUCACGAAAUAAAAACAAAAAUCCAGUUUUUAACUUCGUAAACAGUAAACAUUGAAUAAUCAAGUGAAGACUCUGAGUGAAUGCCUUGAAUAAUCGAGAGAUAAAGAGAGAAUCGUGCAAUCAGUUUUUUUUUCGUCUUUAAACAUAUUUGUGCAUUUCUUCUCUUUGUUAACGUUUUCACAACAUUGGCAAUAACAGAAAAAUCUAUACAAAUCAAACGUCAUUUGUUUGUCUACCUUAAAACAAUAACAAAAAAACAAAAACAAUGUACAAUUUAUAAACCUGGUCUAUACAAUACAAAAAAAAAAACAUCUUCACAGUGUUACACACUCUCUCUCUCACUGAUCGUUCAUAUACUCUUUAUAUAGCAGAGAGUUUUUCUUUAAGGAAUAAUUCCUUAGAUUUUUUAAACAACAACUUUUACAGACUUCAAACUACGUAGACAUGGCGCCGAAAUCCAGAAAGAAGAAGGCAAAUGCCCGUACUUUGACCUGCUAUUGUGAUGGCAGUUGUCCCAAUAAUGUUAACAAUGGCACCUGUGAGACCCGUCCCGGAGGUUCCUGCUUCAGUGCAGUUGAAGAGGUAUACGAUGAAACCACUGGCACCUAUGAAGAAGAGCGAACAUUUGGUUGUAUGCCACCAGAAGAAAAUGGUGGUUUUCUAAUGUGCAAAGUUUCCACAGUACCCCACCUGCAUGGCAAAAAUAUCGAUUGCUGUGAUACGGGUAACUAUUGUAAUCGAGAUUUACAUCCUGCCUUUACACCAAAACUUACCACACCUGCCCCCGAAUUGCCAGUUAGUUCACAAUCUGUCCACUAUUUGGCCAUGAUUGCCUCCAUGAUCAUUUGCCUGACUGCCUUUAUUGUUAUAGUGGUUAUCGUGUGCAUGACCUAUAGGCGAAGGGAGAAACUGAGAAAACAGCCACGUUUGAUUAGCAGCAUGUGUAAUAGCCAACUAUCACCCUUGUCACAAAUGGUUGAACAGAGUUCGGGUUCGGGUUCAGGUUUACCUUUACUGGUGCAGAGAACUAUUGCCAAACAAAUACAAAUGGUUAAAUUGGUGGGUAAGGGACGUUAUGGUGAGGUCUGGUUGGCUAAAUGGCGUGAUGAAAAGGUGGCCGUUAAGACUUUCUUUACCACUGAAGAGGCUUCUUGGUUCCGGGAAACUGAAAUCUAUCAAACGGUGCUAAUGAGACAUGAAAAUAUUUUGGGUUUUAUAGCGGCCGAUAUUAAGGGUAAUGGUAGCUGGACUCAAAUGUUAUUAAUCACUGACUACCAUGAGAAUGGCAGUUUACAUGAUUACCUGUCGACUUCGGUUAUCAAUCCCCAGAAAUUGCAAUUAUUGGCUUAUUCUUUGGCCUCUGGUUUGGCUCAUUUGCAUGAUGAAAUUUUCGGCACUCCCGGUAAACCUGCCAUUGCCCAUCGUGAUAUUAAGAGCAAGAACAUAUUGGUUAAACGUAAUGGCCAGUGUGCUAUAGCCGAUUUUGGUUUGGCCGUCAAAUAUAUAUCCGAAUUGGAUGAAAUACAUAUUGCUCAAAAUACCCGUGUGGGCACUAGACGUUAUAUGGCUCCCGAAGUUUUAAAUCAAACCCUAAAUCCCCAACAAUUUGAAGAAUUCAAGAGGGCGGAUAUGUAUUCAGUGGGCUUGGUGUUGUGGGAAAUGGCCAGACGUUGUUAUACCCCCAUACCCGGCUCAAAGGCCACCACCUGUGAGGACUAUGCCUUACCCUAUCAUGAUGUUGUGCCUUCAGAUCCCACUUUCGAAGACAUGCACGCUGUGGUGUGUGUUAAGGGCUUUAGACCGCCCAUACCCUCGCGUUGGCAAGAGGAUGAUGUUUUGGCUACAGUGGCCAAGAUUAUGCAAGAAUGUUGGCAUCCUAAUCCUACAGUGCGUCUGACAGCACUGAGAGUUAAAAAGACUUUAGGUCGUUUAGAAGCGGAUUAUGUGGACUGUCCUAUGAAAAUUGUAUAAUUUUUAAGCAUUAGACUUAUAUUUUAAGUUUAAUUUAGUUAAACUUUGUAAUUUAAGUUAUUUUUUUCUUAUGAUAAUAGUUUUUCUAAGUUUAUAGUUUUGUAUUUUUUUGUUUAGUUUAUUUUGAGAAAAAAACAACGCUUUUGUUUAAAAAUAUUGUAGUACUAAAAGGAACUUGUUUAUAUUUUUAGAAAAAGUUUCUUGUAAAAAAAAGUUUUCUGUUUAUUAAUUUUUUUUUUUUUCUAAUUGUUAGAAAUUUAGUUUUUUUUUUACUAAAUUAAUACAAUUAUAUUAUUUAGCCUUAACUUUGUACUAUAUAUAUUUAGAUUUAAUUAUAUACAUGACAUUAUUUUAAUUUCAUUUCAAUAAUUUGAGGGGGCUAAAGAUUCAAUAAUCUAGUAUUGAUUUUGGAUGUUAAACACGAUUUCAUUAGAAGACUAUAAUAAGAAAUUUCGUAUUUAAAAAGUGCCUUAGAAAAGUUUGUCAAAACUACACCCAAGACUAUAGAUUAAGCUGUUGUCAAGACUAGAUUGUAGACUAAACUAUAUACUUAGACCAGACUACAGACUAGGCAAUAGAAUAGACUAUAAACUAGACAAUAGACGUUAGACCAGAUUAUAGACUAAACUCCAGUCCAGAAUAUCAACAAAACUGUAGCCCAGACUAUCUACUAGACUGUAGACAUGACUAUACACUAAGCUAUAACCAAGAUUACGGACUUAGCUAUAAACCAGACUAUAGACUAAACUAGAUUAUGAACUAGAAUAUUGACUUAUUUAUAAACAGAACUAUGGACUAAACUAUAGUCCAGAUUAUAGACUAUUGACUAGAUUAUAGAUUGGACUAUAGCUAUCAACUAGACUACAGUCUAGGCUAUAGACUAAACUAUAAUUCUAGACUAAAGUAUCUUC